CCCCAAUAUUUUCGAAAUCCUAAGUUAUCGGGAUUCAGUUGAGCUCAAACGAUUCAUAUUCUAAACAUGGCGGCGAGGUUGGCAGCAGUAGAACCAAUGAAGCCCUAUUAUAAGCUUAAGCAUACCCUAACAGGCCAUGGGCAAGCCAUAUCAAGCGUCAAAUUCUCCUCAGACGGUCGUCUUCUUGCUACCGCUUCCGCCGACAAGACCGCCCGCACCUGGUCCUCUUCCGAUGGAAAGUUCCUCCAAGAAUUCAAAGGUCACGAGCAAGGUAUUUCCGACGUAGCAUUCUCGACAGACAAUCGAUUCCUCGCUACCGCCUCCGAUGACAAAACCAUCCGAAUCUGGGACGUUUCCACCGGUUUACAUAUUAAAACCCUAACCGGCCACUCGAACUUCGUAUUCUGUGUCAAUUACAACUAUCAGUCAAACAUGCUUGUUUCUGGUUCCUUCGAUGAGACUGUUAGGAUUUGGGAUGUGAAAUCGGGCAAGUGUUUGAAGGUUCUUCCAGCCCAUUCUGAUCCUGUUACAACUGUGAGUUUUAACAAGGAUGGAACUUUGAUUAUAACAAGCAGUUAUGAUGGGUUGUGUCGGAUUUGGGAUGCUUCAACUGGACAUUGUAUGAAGACUCUUAUUGAUGAAGAGAAUCCUCCAGUUAGUUUUGUCAAGUUCUCUCCUAAUGAAAAGUUCAUUCUUAUUGGUACUUUGGACAACACAUUGAGGCUGUGGAACUUUGAGACGGGUAAGUAUUUGAAAUCAUACACUGGCCACGAGAAUUCAAAGUUCUGCAUUUCUUCUGCAUUCUCGGUGACAGGUGAGAAAUACAUAGUUAGUGGUUCGGAGGAUAACUGCGUAUAUUUGUGGGAACUUCAGACAAGAAAGAUCUUCCAGAAACUUGAAGGGCACACAGACACUGUAAUAUCAGUGGCUUGCCACCCGACUAAGAACAUGAUUGCCUCUGGUGCACUUGACAAAGAUAAAACAGUUAAGAUCUGGAUUCAGGAAGAGUAGGUUAAUUAUGCGAUUAUCGGAUAAGAUUGAGCCUUUUUGGGUAGGAGGCCAAUAUUAUGAGAUAUUCAUAUGGGUUUUAUUUGAAAGUAAACCUAAAAUGUAAUUGGAGAUGCAGGUAGAGAUGGUGUUAUUUUUGCAGUAAUGGGAAUUAGGUGCAUUUUAUUGUUGAAUCAGUUUUUAGUGAUGGGGUUUUUAGUUGGAGGAAUAUGUGUAACUUAAUUAUAUCAUAUCAUUACGAUUAAUAAUCA